GGGAUGGUGCUGAGAGAAUCGGCCACUUCACGGCGAGACGCGACCGGACAGAGAUAGAAAGACCUUCGUCACCCAGUCUGACAAUAUACGGAAGAGGGCGACCACUGUGACCAUACUUGCUGCGACACACUCGAGAAAUUAUGAGUGGUGACGGAGGGUUAUUUGGCGAGGACCUCAUCCUUGUCAAUGAGCAACAACAGCCCUCGUCGGUGAUGAGAGGCGAAAACCUGAUCUCUCCCUCGUCUCCACUGCUGAUGGACAACCUGGAGCCGUCGACCACCCCGGGCACGGCCGAACUGCCCUCGCAACUGGCCGUCUUCAGUUUGCUCGACUACUCGGUGUUCAGCACUAUGCUCGCUAUGUCGGCACUGAUAGGCAUUUACUUUGCAUUUUUCGCCAAACAGAAGCAAAACACCACCUCCGAGUACCUGAUGGGCGGCAAAAACAUGGGCAUCUUUCCCGUUUCGAUGUCGCUGAUUGCCAGUUAUAUUUCUGGGAUCACAUUGUUGGGCAUGCCGGCUGAAAUCUAUGUGUACGGUACUCAGUAUUGGUCCGUCGUGAUUGCAAUUCUGCUCAUGUCGGCCGGCUGCGGCGUUUUCUUCCUGCCCGUCUUCUACAAGCUGCAGCUAAACACAUCUUACGAAUACCUGCAACUUCGGUUUGACAGGCGAGUGCGACUGCUGGGCUCGUUUCUCUACAUUAUAAGCACGCUUUUGUACAUUCCCAUUGUGAUCUACAUACCUGCGCUCGCAUUCAGCCAAGUCACCGGAGUGAAUUUGCAUUUGGUGACGCCUCUAGUGUGCCUCGUCUGUAUUUUCUACACCAGUUUGGGUGGAAUGAAGGCUGUUGUUUGGACGGACGCCUUGCAGACAAUUUUGAUGUUCGGCGGCGCCAUUGUGGUCGUCGUUGUGGGCACAAUAGCCGUUGGAGGAUUUGAAGUUGUCUGGCAGCGAAGUGAAAUGAGCGAGAGGAUUGAGUUUUUCAACAUGGACAUGAAUCCAACAGUUCGUCACACAUUUUGGAACAUCGCUUUUGGCAGCUUUUUCAGCUGGAUUACGCAUAUUUCAGUCAACCAGGGCAUGGUUCAGCGUUUUUUGGCCAUGCCAUCUAUUAAUAAGGCGAGAACAAUGCUUGUUAUAUUUUGCAUUGGAGUGAUAGUCAUCGUCUCCAUAAGCUGCUACACAGGACUGCUCAUUUAUGCAACUUAUCACGACUGUGAUAGAGUAACGACAAAGAUCAUUCACGCAAGUGACCAAUUACUGCCCUACUUCGUGAUGGACGUCACCGGCUUCAUUCCCGGUCUUCCAGGGUUAUUUAUGGCCGGCGUGUUUAGCGCCGCUUUGAGCUCCAUGUCGACCGGUCUGAAUUCGAUGGCGGGUGUAAUUUUCGAGGACUACGUCAAGCCUCGUCUGAGCGGCAAAGUUUCCGAGGGGCGCGCCAGCUUCAUGAUGAAAGUGAUUUGCGCCCUUAUAGGCGUUUUCUGCGUGGCCAUGGUGUUCCUUGUCGAGAAACUGGGCGGAGUUCUCCAGGUGUCGGGUAGCCUCGGCGGAGUCACCAACGGCCCUAUGCUGGGAAUUUUCACCCUCGGAAUGUUUUUCCCCUGGGCCAAUUCAAUUGGAACUUUUGUUGGUGGAGUCGCUGGCCUCCUCGUCAUGAGUUGGAUUUCGUUUGGCACUCAGGCUGCCAUCGCCGCCCAACUGAUCACCUUCCCCAAAAAGCCAGUGUCCGUCGAUGGGUGCACCCAUCUGCUCCCAGACGAUAUGAGCAGUGUUGUUGAGGACCCUUUGCUACCGGUUGAAGUCCAAGAAGAGCCCAUGUCAAUUUACCACCUGUCGUACACCCUCUACUCGCUGACGGGCUUGGUGGUUGUGCUGACGGUCGGCCUCCUCGUCAGCUACAUGACCGGCUUUCAAGACCCAGAUGAGCUUGACCUUGAUCUUCUGACCCCGCCAAUUCAGCGCUUCUUUAGAAAGAAGAAAGGCGCUCACCUGCCGGUUGCUAGGGAAGAUUUGACUAGCAAAAGUGAAAAGCACAGAAAUGGGGACGUGGAAGAUCCAAAGCUGUCGGAGGCGUUGAUGAGUAAAAAGGAGCAGGAUGAAGAUAAAAUCACAACUGACGAACAACCGUGUGGUUAAAAUUCUGUGUUUUUUGUUCCUUUUGAAAACGAAAACUAUUCAUUUUUAAUUAUAUUAUAAUUCAUUGUUAAUUGUUAUUUUUUGUUAGGAAAAAUUGAAUAUGUCACUGAUUUAAUACAAACGAUUGAAACUUGCUGCUGCGAGAAGAAAUUUAAUAAAAAAAAAACUGAUGGAAAACUUUAAAAUUUCAUGUACAUAUUAUCAAUUUUAAUAAAAAAAGG